CACACACUCAACCAAGUAUUAAUAUUUUUUAUCUUUUAUAUUUGAAUCACUAUUUACUUCUAUACAAGGUUAAGGGUUAGUAAAUUAUAUUAAAAAAAAUACCACCUCUUCUAUAUUAUGUGAAAAAAAAGGGAAGAAGAUUGUUUCAUAAAAUUGCUCACAAGUCACAACUAACGAAGGAUAAGAGAGUUACCAAAAACAAAAACAAAAAAAUAAAAAAAAGGGACUUCGUCCCGGGAAAAUAAUAUUUUGCGUGUUUUAUAUUUUGCGUGUUUUGUGAGUGAAUAGUUUUGAAGAAAAAUAGGUAAUAGGGGAAACCAAAUUUUCUCUUCCCUUUAUUUUUCUUUCCAUCCAAACUCCAAAAAAGCUUAAAUAUUUUUCUUUCCAAUUCCAAAAAAGCUUAAAUUUUUUUUCUUUCCUUUUUUUUUUUUUUUUUAGUCGAAUGUAACUAAUCAAACAAAACCUACUAGAUUCUUCGACUCAAUGGUGUUGAACUCCUCUUCUAUUUGAUGUUUCACACGCUUAAAUCGACCAUAUAUUUAAAGUUUGAAGUUUAAAUUUUAAACCUAUUAAAAAAUAAAAAAAUGGAAAGUAAACCCUUUUAAAAUCUCCUCUCUUGUUUGGGAACAACCAAAAAUGUAAAAUCUGUUCCAUUGAAAGUCGAAACCCCCUCUUUGAUUCCUCUCUCUCUCUCUCUCUCUAUCUCUGUGCAUAAACCCAAGAAACCUCUCUCUUAUUCUCUCUCUCCAUAAACCCUAGAAACCGCUCUGGAUAUCUAUUUUUCUCUUUCAGCACUCAUGGAAUGGGAAACAAUAGGCUUGGAAUCACCAUCAACAUCAACAACUCAGCAGCAACCGAGCCGAGUUUCCACGAGUCAACUCGCUCCCUACUCGUCCACAACUCGUGAUCUCCUCUCUCCAUGCCCUUCGUCUUCGAAAAAGAAAGAUCGGCACAGAAAGGUGAACGGAAGAGGCCGGCGGGUCCGAGUCCCGGCCUUGUGCGCCGCCCGAAUCUUCCAACUCACACGCGAACUCGGCCACCGCACCGAGGGAGAAACCAUCGACUGGCUCCUCCGCCACGUUCCUCCCUCCCACUUCCCCUCUUCCUCCGCUCCUCCAAGCAACACCGCCGCCUCCGCGCCUUCUCAUUCGGAAUCUCCGAUGACUCCUUACUUUGCUCCGCCGAUUACGGCGGUCACGGGGAACGAUUGUUUACCGGAACUCCUCCUGUUCCCAGCGGAGAGUGAGAGUGCGUUCCCGAACAUGUCAUUCACGUCGUUGUUGAUGGAAGGAGGAGGAGAAAUUGAAGAUCAGUUGAGGAGAGAGAAAGUGAACGAUGAUGCUUAUUCUCAGCGAUCAAUAGAUACGGACUACUCUAGUUUCUUUUGAAUUUAACGAAUGUGAAAUCUGUUUCGGAUUAUUGGAAUGGGACCCGAUGUUUGUUUCUUGUUUUGGUUGGGGCCACAUAGUAGUAUGUAUGUGUGUAUACACAAUGUUGGGACUUUAUGGUAGAUCAUGGCAAUGAAUAGCCAUACUUGUGUUUUUUUUUUUUUUUUCCUUGGCCUCGUGGAGAAUUGACCAUUGUUUUAGGAUAAGAAAUGCCAAGCUGAAUUUGAUCAUCAUUAAUUAUGUAUCCAAUGAAUUACUAAUUUGCAUUAUUUUACCACUUCAUUCAUAAUAUGAUCGCAUUGAUUCACUUUCA